UUCCGGUAUGCUAAUGCUAGCGCUAACAUGAAUCUACUUCGAGACUCAAAUGAAGUAUAAAAUAAAUGGUUUAAAUAAUAUAUGAAAGUGCUGCUGACACAGGAGACAGUGAGGGUGUCGAGAAGUUGUUUUUUCCUUUAUCCCCGAGUGUUUCGCGGUGUCAUUAUGAUGGCAGGGAGAAAAAGAAAGAUGCUAGCAUCGACAGUAGCAUCAGCAUUAGCAGCACCUGAACAAACAGUACACAAACAUAAUAAUCGGACGAAUUUGACACUAAAUGUUUCACCUGCCGAGCUGAAGAAGAAGUGUGAACCUGCCCAAAGUGCAGAGACGGAGAGGAGCCAUUAUUUCAGCAGGACUGACCUGCAGCACAGACUGGGAGAGGAUUUCUUCAACCAACCCUGCAUCAGUUUGGCAAAAGCAUUCCUCGGCAAGGUGUUGGUCCGCAGGUGUGCAGAUGGCCCUGAGCUGCGAGGGAGAAUAGUGGAAACUGAAGCCUACCUGGGAGGGGAGGACAAAGCCUCUCACUCAGCAGGAGGCAAACGCACUGAAAGGAACACAGCCAUGUUCAUGAAGCCCGGCACAAUCUAUGUGUAUCCAAUUUAUGGCAUCUACCUCUGCAUGAACGUGUCUAGUGAAGGGGAGGGUGCUGCCGUGCUGCUGCGCUCCCUCGAGCCCCUGCAGGGUCAGCCCGUCAUGAGGCAGCUGAGGGCAGCCAGACGCAAAGAGGGAGCCCGGCAACUGAAGGACAAAGAGCUCUGCAACGGGCCUUCAAAGCUGUGCCAGGCUCUAAAUAUACCCCGCUGUUUCGACCGACGAGACCUCGCCUCGGAUGGAGAAGUGUGGCUGGAGAGGGACCCUGACACAAAUCCUGUAGAACCUCAUGAUAUAGUAUCAGCACCACGCAUUGGGAUUGAGUCCCACGGGGAAUGGGCCAAGAAGCCCUGGCGGUUUUAUCUUCGCAGGCACCCCUGUGUUAGCGUCGUGAAUAAAGAGGCAGAGAGACAGUCUGUGUCUGGAAAUGUAAUGAACAAUUUAGGUCCCUCCGAUGUGCAGUCUGACACAGGACAGCACAAUGUCAGAAGGACUUAACAGGAGUAUUCCUGAAACUACUGUGCCAUCUGUUUUCUUUGUGCACCAUUUAGGCUGUAUAAAAACUUAAGACAGUCAAGAUGGUAGAAUAACCUCCACUGUCUAAAUUACAAUCUGCAUAAAUUAAACAAAAUGUUUAUCAUCCAUUUUGUAAUCUGCAUCUUACAGUGACUGUGUUUAUGGUACUGAUGCAAAACUGUAUUGGAGAGCGAUAAAUUAGAACUUCAGACAGCUAAAUUUAUCAAAGAAAUCAAUUCUCAAAUGACCACACUUAUUACUAAGUGUCUCUUGUUUAGGUCCUCCAUGUGUGGUUUUUAAUAAACAUUUGUACUUGGGAAA